AUCCCCGUUCCUCUCCUGCGAUGUCUGUACUAGUUUAAUGAUGACAAUCAUUGCUUGGACAGACCGAAGAUCUGAGCGGAUGUCUCCCCGGAUCACUGGCUAGUGCAAUCUGAGUAUCUGAGUGGUCUCCGAGAUCUACUCCCACGAACUCGAGUUUGUGCGAUUCGGCGUAGAUAACAGGUCCUCGGGAUAUCAAAUCACGACUCAACGUCUAUUCAUCCGUGCAGCGUGCUGGGUAUCUUGGAUGCCUGCCGGGCUUACUGGGGAUACAAAGGUAGUAAAGAGCAACGGCCAUACAAUAAUACCGUUUUGUGCAGGUGCCGGCGAACAGCGUUCCUUUACAUUGCAUAAUUGUGCCUCUUGCAUUUAUAUUCUGGUGUCCAUCCUCCAAGCUUCCAUCCGCAUGUCUAUUCAUUCAAUCUCGAGAGAAAUAGUCGAUAGCAUUCUCGAAGGGCUUGACUCGAACACGGAUCGCGAUUCUAUCCGCGCACUCUCACGAGUUUCUAGAUCCUUUCGCUCUCAUUGCCUACGAAUCCUCUUUUCCGUGCUUUCUUUUCAUCCACCGAGUUCACCGCAUGUCCCCACCACAUGCCGGUCCUUCUACAAUCUCGUUCAAUCGAUACCUCAUAUUCCGUCACUCGUGCGAACGCUCAACAUACGUGAGGGUACCCAGGACCAUUUGUGGAUCCCCACGGAGCCGACAUUUCCAGACGUGAUGCGAGCUCUUGUUAAUGUUACGGCCAUUAGCAUGGUUUUUGUCAAAAUUUCCUCUCUUCCAGAGGCCAGUCGCUCAGCCAUUACGAACCAGAGGCUUACCAGAAUUCAUUUGGAUUCUGUACACUUUAGAUCCGAUGACGAGUUUCGGGCGCUGCUGAGGUAUUCCUCAGAUUCGCUGGAGAUCUUAGAUCUAGGGAAUAUUACCUUUGACUCCGGUACGCGGUCAUCCGAUGGGUCAAUGAGGAUUCAGCCGGCUGAGUGUCGCUUGACCAUGCUGAUGCUUGACGUACAGUCUGAGGGCGACGCUGAAGUGCUGAAUAUACUGUUUGGCCUUCACCCGCCUAUUCGGAUGGAUAUGGUCGAGAAAUUGUGGUUAACUGAAGUCUGCAUAUCUUCAGAUGCAGUAGUGGAGGGACUGGACAAACUGUGGAACUGCUUAGUCGUAUCUGGCGGUGGUAUGCUUGCAUCGAUUUCAGUCGGGGAUUGUCACGGUCUCGAGGAAGCCCUGAGACCUGUGACUCUCAACGGCAUAUCUGAGAUAUCGUUCCUCACAACUACUUCUGGAUCCGUCGGUUUUUCACCAUCACUACAAUGGUGGUCAAACAAUUUCAGCCGCGCCGCUGUAGCCACAGAAGGCUGGGAGCCGGAUGAAAUCACCAUCAUCCUUCAGUUGGAGACGGGUUCUAGCGCUCCAUUAGUUUCAUUGUUCGACGAUGAGUCCAUUGACGCAUGGACACGCAUGGACACAUCCCUUUGCGGCGUCGGCGUGAUCGGCACUCCUGCGGUAGAGGUUAGGAUCAUUCUUGACGCGAACCAUGAUAGCACGUCAGACUUCCUCUUCAUGCAGUCUUGGGUACGAAGACAAUUGCCGAUGUUGCACGAGGGCCGGUUUUUACAGGUACGGCAGGCCAUGGGCGAUUUAUGAUGUGCGUACCGUAUUCAUAGGAGACACACGCGGUAACGCACGAUAAAUGGUCCUUCUUCAUACGUACUUCGCAAAUUUAUUAGAUACUCUGCUUGCAUUUACUGAGCUAAUCACUUCGAUCAUCAGGAACCAUGAAGAAUCGUCGCCCAUAUUUGGACUCUCCCUUGCUGCGCGUUUGCUACUCACGUUUAGUAUA